CGCGGUCGAACCCACCCGUCGAUCGCGCACCGAAUAUCACCGAAUACCGUGCGACUUCGCCCCGUAACCCGCGCGAGUGAGCCGAGCUUUCACCCGUUAGCCAGUCUCGUUCUUCUCCGAGUCCUUGAGCCCGAGUUUUGUUCCUCGCGUCGAUCGGCCGACGGUGACGUUGACGACGACUUAGCACGUGAGAGGCGAUUUCGCGCCGACCCCGGCGCGCAUCCCCGGAGGCAACCGACGGGAGAGAGAGAGGAGGCCAUAGCUCGCGAAAGACGCGACGGUGGUAACGAGCAGCAGCAGUAGCGGAAGUCGCCGCCAGUGAGUUAGGAUAACAAGGACGUCGGAUGUGCCUCACUGAAGAGCCGCCGGUAGCAACGACAACAACGGCAGCAGGUGGGAGUAGCGCUCUUCGUAAUACCCGGCUUUGAUGAGAGUAGGGAGCAGCUCGCGCAACAUAUCGCGCAACGUCGUGCAAAAGGAUCGAACGCCGUCAGCCAGCCAGCAGCUCGCUCGGUGUGAGUCAUCGUCGUUAGCCGUAAAUCCCCGCCAACGACUGAGCGAUUCGCGGUCCUCCCGUGGCGACCGAGGAUGGAUUCGCGGCUGCAGGACACGCCUAAUGACGUGCUCCUCAAGAGGGAUCACGACUCCGUCGACGACUUCGAGCAUCUCAGCCACGACUCACCGGACGAUCGUCCGGAGCAGCAACAACCGCCGCCACGACUGAUCGACCCGCCACGUGUCGACGACCUGCUGCAUAUCGGCGACUCCUUCCAGGCAUCGGACAACGUGCUACCGAGUGCGCUCCUCGUCGACGGCGACGUCGACGCGAAACCCGUGCCUGCGACACCGCCGCCUUCCGCAGACUUUGAGAAGUGCGAGGCUAUGGCGCAGUCGUCGGACCCGUUCCAGCGACCAUUAGACCCGGUCGAUCCUAAACUGGCUACGAUGGCGUUCGUCGAGAGCGAACGGGCCUAUCAGCCUCACGACGAGCGCUCCGGCAACGAGGAGAUACUGCCGGAGUCGCCGCCGGCACCGCUCUUACCGACUUCGUCCACGGCUGACGACCUCCUGUCGUCGGACACGAAAGCCGCCGAUGUGGAUAACAAGGCCGACACCGGAGCCGGCUCUGAGGAACGCAGCACCGAUGCGGCGAUCGCCCUCACCGAGCAAGGCAAGCGGCACGAGACCGCUCCGUCGAGCGACGUGAAGGAUCUCGACGAGGAGAUCGCCGUCAAGUCGUCAGUCUUACCGGAAAGGUCGUCGAUGCUCGAUUUCCUUGGCAAUGACACGCCGCCCAAGCCUGUUGACAAGGUCAAGAAUAUCAUGGACGACGACUCGUGGAACCUGGUGGAGAAGGCAGACUUGAAGCAGCCGAAGGAGCUCGAGCCGCCGUCGAAGCCGUUGCCACUUUUGCCGAAAGAGACGGAGGAAGCUGGCAAGCAUCACGACAAAUACGAGAUGUCCCAUGACUUCCUGCUCGAGGAGACUGUCAAGCCGUCCGCGCCGCCACAACCGCGCUCCGUUAACUCGGAAUCCGAGAGCGCGAAGCGACAAGAAACGCCUCCAAAGCCCAAGGAACCCGAUCAUCGUCCCUCUCGUCCGGUUGACAACAAGAAGAAGGAGGAAAUCGAAAUCGCGCCCAAGGAAAUUUUCAGAGACAUAGGACUCGACGCAUGGUUUAACCCUGAAAGACUGAAUCCACGAGUGGCAGCUCUGAUAUAUUGGCGUGAUCCCAAAACAUCGGGAAUAGUAUUCGGCGUGAUACUAAGUGUGCUCCUGUCGUUGGCCUAUUUCAGCCUGAUCAGCGUGUUCGCUUAUCUGUCGCUCUUAGUCCUCGGCGGAACCAUUCUUUUCCGUAUGUACAGAACCGUUCUUCAAGCUGUCCAGAAGACUUCAGACGGUCAUCCGUUCAAAGACAUUCUCGACCUGGACCUGGCGUUACCGGCUGUGAAAGUACACGAAUUCGCAGAUGUUGCGGUCGCACACGCUAACGCCGCUAUUAGUGAAUUACGCAGGCUGUUUCUCGUCGAAGAUUUUGUCGAUUCUCUCAAAUUCGGCGUCCUCUUGUGGUGUCUCACUUACGUCGGCUCUUGGCUUAAUGGCAUGACUCUCAUCAUAAUCGGCGUGGUCUCUCUCUUCACGCUGCCUAAAAUCUACGAAACGAACCAGGAACAGAUCGAUCAGAAUCUAGCCUUGGUACAGGCGAAAAUUAACGAGAUUACCGCCAAAGUGAAGGCGGCGAUUCCCCUCGGCAAGAAACGUAUCUGGGAUCAAUUUUUAUUUUUGUGGAAUGUAAGUAGUUUCAACGUUGACUUCAAUUAUCUCAGCUCAGCCACCAUGUCGAUGACAGAUUCUGAUCACGAGAAGAGGAAGCAGAUCUCAGUGCGCGGCAUCGUCGACGUCGAAAAUGUAGCGAACUUCAAGAAGACCUUCAACAGGCACCUUCACUACACCCUGGCGAAGGAUCGCAAUGUCGCCACGACCCGUGAUUAUUUCUUCGCCUUGGCCCACAGUGUCAGGGAUAACCUGGUGUCACGGUGGAUUCGCACACAGCAGCAUUACUACGAUACGGAUCCCAAGAGAGUGUAUUACCUGUCUCUGGAAUAUUACAUGGGAAGGUCGCUGCAAAAUACGAUGAUCAAUCUGGGAAUACAAGGAGCAUGCGACGAAGCGAUGUAUCAGAUGGGGUUGGACAUCGAGGAAUUGGAGGAGAUGGAGGAAGACGCUGGUCUUGGUAAUGGAGGUCUCGGUCGUUUAGCCGCUUGCUUCCUGGACAGUAUGGCCACGUUGGGAUUGGCCGCUUAUGGCUAUGGGAUACGUUACGAGUACGGUAUAUUCGCGCAGAAAAUCAAGCACGGCGAACAGGUGGAGGAACCGGAUGACUGGUUAAGGUACGGCAAUCCCUGGGAGAAAGCCCGACCGGAAUAUAUGUUGCCCGUCAAUUUUUACGGCAAUGUGAUUGACGCUCCCGAGGGAAAGAAGUGGGUGAACACGCAGGUUGUAUUUGCCAUGCCCUACGACAAUCCAAUUCCUGGCUACAAGAACAACGUUGUUAACACUCUGAGACUUUGGUCCGCGAAGUCACCAGUAGAAUUUAAUUUGAAAUUCUUUAACGAUGGUGACUACAUACAGGCUGUGAUCGAUCGUAAUUUAGCGGAGAACAUCUCCCGAGUUCUCUACCCUAACGAUAACUUCUUCGAAGGCAAGGAGCUCCGAUUGAAGCAGGAAUACUUUAUGGUUGCUGCCACGCUACAGGACAUCAUUCGACGAUACAAGUCCAGCAAGUUUGGCUCGAGGGAGCACCAUAGAACCGACUUCUCCGCCUUCCCCGAUAAAGUGGCGAUUCAGCUGAAUGACACACAUCCUUCCUUGGCUAUUCCCGAGCUGUUGAGGAUCCUCGUGGAUGUGGAGAAACUUUCCUGGGACGAGGCUUGGGACAUCACAACACGUACAUGCGCUUACACAAAUCACACCGUCCUGCCUGAAGCGUUGGAGCGAUGGCCCACCAGUAUGCUGGAGUCUAUUUUGCCGAGGCAUUUGCAGAUCAUUUAUCAGAUAAACCAUUUGCACCUCGAAAGGGUUGCCGCCAAGUAUCCUGGCGAUAUGGAUCGCCUUCGUCGGAUGUCUCUAAUCGAGGAAGACGGCGAGAAGAGAGUCAACAUGGCGCAUCUAUCGAUUGUCGGCAGCCACGCCAUAAACGGAGUUGCCCGUAUACAUUCGGAAAUCCUCAAAGACAGCGUCUUCCGAGACUUUUACGAACUGGCGCCAGAAGAGUUUCAGAACAAAACGAACGGCAUCACACCGAGGAGAUGGCUGCUGCUCUGCAAUCCAAGUCUCUCUGAUAUCAUCGAAGAAAAAAUUGGCAGCGAAUGGACGGUCCAUCUGGAGCAGUUGGCACAGCUGAAGAAAUGGGCGAAGGAUUCCGUCUUUCAGCGUAACAUCGUUAAAGUUAAGCAGGAAAACAAAUUGCGAUUGGCUCAAAUUUUGGAGAAAGAGUACGGCGUUCAAGUUAAUCCAGCAUCUAUCUUCGACAUUCAGGUGAAACGAAUACACGAGUACAAGCGGCAACUGUUGAACUGCCUGCACGUCAUCACCCUGUACAAUCGAAUAAAAAGGGACCCGUCCUCGCCAUUUGUCCCCAGAACCGUGAUGAUAGGCGGCAAGGCCGCGCCGGGUUAUCAUUUGGCAAAAAAGAUCAUCAAGCUUAUCUGCAGCGUCGCCAAGAUCGUCAACAACGACCCGAUCGUCGGCGACAAGCUCAAGCUGAUCUUCCUUGAGAAUUACCGGGUGACCUUGGCCGAAAAAAUCAUCCCCGCUGCGGACUUGAGCGAGCAGAUCUCGACUGCUGGCACCGAAGCAUCUGGCACCGGCAAUAUGAAGUUUAUGUUGAACGGUGCGUUGACCAUCGGCACCUUGGACGGCGCUAAUGUAGAAAUGGCAGAGGAAAUGGGCAAUGAAAACAUCUUCAUAUUCGGCAUGACAGUGGAGGAAGUGGAAGCGCUGAAGAAGAAAGGUUACAAUGCUUACGAUUAUUACAACAAAUUGCCUGAAGCGAAACAAUGUAUCGAUCAAAUCCAAGGAGGCUUCUUCAGUCCGAAUAAUCCCGAUGAAUUCCGAGAUAUCGCCGAUGUGCUUCUCAAGUGGGACAGGUUUCUACUCUUGGCUGAUUACGAGAGCUAUAUAAAAAUGCAGGAACGCGUCAGUCAGAUCUAUCAGGACGAAUGCAAAUGGGUGGAGAUGGUGAUUCACAACAUAGCAUCAUCAGGGAAAUUCUCGUCGGAUCGCACGAUUGCGGAAUAUUCGCGCGAGAUCUGGGACGUCGAGCCGAGCUGGAAGAAACUUCCGGAUCCGCACGAGCCUCGUGAUAUUUAAACACAUCGACGUGACUACUACUUUUUCAUAAUGCGUUCCGAGAUAACGCUCGUUCCCUCCCAUGACUAACUCUGUCCAGUUGUCACCGACGAUAAACGAACUCAAGGUCAAUAAUAACUGAUACUGUUCAGAAUCGAUCGUACAAAAGCAAUAGAGAUUAUAUUGCGUGCGAGGACACGUAAUAUCUACUAUACCUAUAUAUUUUACGGAUACAUGUUUUUCAGGAAUGCGAAAUCUCGAACGAUGAACACUCGCGCUUAUUUAAAUGUGUCGCAUGUCUUCCGAGAUAUUUAAUAGCUGUUCAUAUUUUUUCUAUGUUCAAAGGAACGUUAUACCGACGCACAACGAUUUCUCCUGCGAUGUAUUUUACGUGUUAUCACGCGGGCAUCUACUUCGAACAGCUAUUGACUCUUAAUUACCUUCGGUCAUUGAAAUAAAGAACAUACUGGAAUGAGCACCACCUUUGUUUCUGGCAGAUGACCUCGUGCCGAGAGAGAAAGUAUCUUAAGUAAUAUUUCCGUCUUUGUCUUAUCUUAGCCUAUGUACACUACAUAACAUAUUAGUAAGACAAAGAGUGAGAUACUAUUUAGACGUGGCCUUUGUCGCACAGCCUCUCUAAUGGACCACGGCCGCCACCACGUCAGUGCUCAUUCCAGUAUAUUCUUUAGUUCAAUGCUUUUGGUACUGUAUAUACUUCCGAGGUUGAUAUCGACAGUAUGAAAUUUGCUCGUUUUAGAACGAUAAAUAUAAUAUAAAAUUUACUCGAUAUUGCUUGGAAACAAUCUGCAUUUUUCUUUAUUUUAAAAUUGUUCAGUUUAAGUACGUCUUGAUCUCUCUCUCUCUCUCUCUCUACACUCCCUUUCUUUCUCUCUCUGAAAUUUAAAUCUAAUAGUUUCAUCAUUCUAAUAAUCCAUUUCGUAAGUAACGAAAUGAAUCUUGAUCUGAGAUUUAAAUUUCAUGGCUUUAACAUGCUGAUAAUUAAUUUCGUAAUUAACGAAAUGAAGACCGUGAUUGUGGAUCAUAUGAGAAAGUGUAUAUCGUAAUAUGCUUAUGUAAUGUGUGUUCUUGGAAACAGUAGUACGUUCUGUAUGUCGUAUUCUGAACGCGCUUACAACAAUGUUAGCGCGCUAAUGAGACAAGAGAUGUGAGGAUUCUCGGUGUCGUUUAUUUUUUUAAAUGUGGUUAACAGUGCUCUCUUAGGAAAAAUCAAUACUCGUGCGUAUUUAUAGUAAAAUUCCUAUUGAGAACUACUGAUAAGUAGACCUGUUAACGCGCCAAUAUCGUUGUAAACGCGUUCAGAAUACGAGCUAAUAUUUCCAUCGAAAGGAUGAUAAGAUUCGACCGUAAAAAUACACGGGCCGACAUCUUUGAGCAAAUUCAAGUAUUAACUCGCAACGGUUGUGCUUUAAUGUUGAUUUUACAUCAAGUAAAAUCGAUCGAAAACUUUUAAUAAGAUAAAUAAUUUAUAUUAACUAAUUGAGCAAAUUUCAUGUCGUGUAAUGUAUCAUUCGCUGCGUCCGUGCGUCACUUGUGAAAUUUCAAAACACACAAAAUACAAAAAUACUUCUUCAGAUGUGAGAAAUUCUUAUUCGUACGACAAAUAUGAGACGUCGGUCGUAAGCGAGGAGAUAUAAGAUGAAUGUCUUUAUCUUAUUCUUAAGAUCAACUGUGCUCAUUUUUAUUAUAAAAAUUAUUUGUGCUAAUUGUAAAUCAUGUGGUUCCGUAGAAUACUUGUAUGCUACAAAUGGUUGUACAAAGUUUAGAUGAUAUACUAUAUAUCCCGAAAAAAUAUUUUAUCCUGCUGGAUAUAAAAACUAUAUUGUGAGUGUUCUCGAAAAUAAAGUUUAAAAGACGAGAUA